AGUUGGCUUAAGUUAACAUGUUGCCUCGCUUUAUUUGCCUUCCUAUUUUGACGCUUGUGCUCUGCCAAGCCGUUCACGCCAAAUUCCCCGAUGAUCCGAAAGCCUGUAAAUAUGGCGAUGCUGCUUGCAUGGUUAAAUUCAUGAACAAUCUUAUUAAAGAGAAGGGCAUUCAAGGCGAUGACGACUUGAAUCUACUGAAACUCGAUCCUUUUCCCGUGGCCAAAAUGAAUAUUAAACAGGGUGGCGAUAGUCCAGUAAAUAUAGAUCUAACGUUUACAAACAAUGACAUAAUUGGUCUAAGCAAUCUUAAAUUUAAAAAAGCCAAAGGUUUUGGCAAGGAUCUGGCCAAGAAACAUGAAUUGCUCUUUCAUGCCCCAAGUCUUCGCUUAGAGGGUCCCUAUGACAUCAAGGGCCAGGUUCUAGUCUUACCCAUAAGCGGAUCGGGAAAGAGUAACAUUACUCUAGUAAAGCCGGAUUUUAUAGCCAGUUUUGUGGGCAAACCUGUUGUUAAGGAUGGCCAGACUUAUAUGGAAGCCACCAAUUUUAAGCUCAACACCAAAGCAGAACGAUUAUGGUAUUUCUUUGGCAAUCUAUUCAAUGGUGACAAGGCUCUCGGUGAUAAUAUGAAUGCUUUCCUCAAUGACAAUUGGCAUGCAAUUUUUCUAGAAUGCCAAGAAUCAGUCCAAGCUGCCUUUUCUGAAGUAUUCCAGAAUAUUAUCACCACCGUGUUUUCCAAAUAUCCGUAUGAAAAAUUCUUUUCCGAUUAAUGAGUUUCGCUCUCAUGUAAUAUUAAUAGGCUGCCCAUUUUUCUGUUCUAUGGUGUCAAUAUAUGCAUGCCUAUAGGUGUAUUUAUAUAAUUAUUUUGUUUUUAUUAUAGAUCCACUUAAGUCCAUUAAAAAAUGGAUAUGUUCAGUUGA